CAAGUUGCAGCAAUGAGGAAGAAUGCAGAGCAAAUUUUUCUUUUCCUACUCUGCUUGAAGGCAGUAGUAUAUCCUGGAAAUGCAACAGACACCUGUCCAGAAGUGAAUAUCGUGGGUCUGAAUGGUGAUGAGAAGCUUGCCAUCCUCCGAGGAUGUCCAGGGGUUCCUGGUGCAACAGGGCCCAAAGGGGACUCGGGCACUGAUGGCGCAAGGGGAGACACAGGACCUCGGGGAAGUCCAGGGAAAACUGGCCCAGCUGGAGAGAAAGGAGAGAGAGGUGACGUGGGUCCUACUGGCACAAAAGGGGACAAAGGCGACCCAGGGACCCCAGCAACAUUAGGAGAGAAAGAACUGAAUGUUCUCCACUGUAAGAAGGGGGCAAAGAACUGCAAAGAGCUCUUAGCCAAGGGGGUGAUUCUGAGUGGCUGGUACACCAUCUACCCCCGGGACUGUGUGCCGCUGACUGUGCUGUGUGACAUGGACACGGAGGGAGGUGGCUGGAUUGUGUUCCAGAGACGGAGUGAUGGCUCUGUGGAUUUUUACCGGGAUUGGAACGCUUACAAGAGAGGAUUUGGAAGCCAACUCACAGAAUUCUGGCUGGGGAAUGACAACAUUCACCUCUUGACCUCACUCGGAGAAAAUGAGCUGCGCAUUGAUCUCACCGAUUUUGACAAUACCCACACUGUGGCCAAAUAUCACUCCUUCAAUAUUUCAGGGGAGGUGGAUCAGUACAGGCUGGCAGUUGGAGCUUUCCUUGAGGGCACUGCAGGUGAUUCACUCACUUACCACAACAGCAUGCCAUUCUCCACCAAAGACAGACAGCAGGAUCCUGGCAACAGUAAAUGUGCAGUAACUUACAAAGGAGCCUGGUGGUACAACUCCUGCCACCACAGCAACCUCAAUGGGAUGUACUGGCUUGGGUCUCACAGUACUUUUGCUGAUGGUGUGAACUGGAAUUCUGGCAGAGGGUACAACUAUUCCUACAAACGCUCAGAAAUAAAAUUCAGGCCACGGGAAUAGUCAAAAGCUGUGAAGACAGAAGAUACUUGAUGGAUGACUUUCUCUUCAGUUGCACUCAGUAGAUGACAGUUUCCCUGUUUGCUCACAAAAUGAGGGAAUGUAAAGUAAACAUUUUGCAAAUCCUCCACUUUAAUAGUGCUCCACCAUAGGAAAGCAUCCUGGUGGCUUAUGUCCCAUGUUAAUGAAUAGAAGGACAAAUCUGGAUUUUCUGCCUCUGGCAUGCAAACAUCUUGAGCCAGCUGGAAUCCCAAACAAAUCAACAUCUUCAAAUGGUAAUUUAUACAGGCAUGUAUCUCAAGCAAGCCCGCUGAACACAAAUAAACCGCAC